AUGACCUCGUCCUUCAUCAAAAACGUGCUGGUCAUCGGCCCAACCGGCAACGUAGGCAAAUCAACCGUCAAAGCCCUACUAGACGAAAACUUCCACGUCACCGGCCUAACCCGCGAGUCGUCCACCGCCACCCUCCCUCCCGGCGUGCAACACCUCAAAACCGACUUCACCCCCUCCUCUCUCGCCCGCGCCUUCGCCAACCAAGACGCCGUCGUCAGCACCAUCUCAAGCAUCACCCCCGCCGGCGCCCUCUCCCUCCAGCACUCCCUCAUCGACGCCGCCAUCGCCGCCGGCGUCAAGAUCUUCGUGCCCUCCGAAUACGGCAUCGACACGUCCUCGCGCUCCGCCGGCGACUACGUCCCGUUCCUGGCCGACAAGAUCGCGACGGUCGACCACCUCAAGUCCCAGGAAGACCACAUCUCCUGGGUAGCCGUCAUCACGGGGUCGAUGUUCGACUGGGGCCUGAACAUCCCCGGGUUCGGAGGCUGGAACGUGGCCGCGCGCACGGCGACGAUCUACGACGGCGGCGACGUCCCGUACGAGGCGACGAACCUGGAUCAGGUGGGGAGGGCGAUUGCCAAGAGCUUGAGGAAGCACGAGAUGACCAGGAAUCAGUAUGUGUACGUGAAUAGUUUCACGGUUACGCAGAAUGAGGUUCUGCGGGCGCUCGAAGGGGCGACGGGGGAGAAGUUCAGCGUGGCGCAGGGCACGGUUGAAGAGCUGUGGCAGGGUGGAGCCGCGAAGGUGAAGGAAGGGCAGCCGGUGGGCGUGUUGGAUAUGAUAGCGGGGGCUAUCUAUGGUAAAGGAGGAUUGGCCCACUACUCCGCCACGAAGGGUUUGUGGAAUGAGAAACUGGGCCUGCAGCAGGAGAAUCUGGAUGAGUUUCUUGGAAACUAUGUCGCGGGAAUGCAGGGAAGCAAAUGCUAG